GAAUAUCUGCAUAAAGUCUGCAAAAUUGAUCUGCAGUUAGGUCUGUCAAUUACAGACGUUCAGCAGAUGCUAAACAUUUAAAAACAAUAUGCUGGCUCCACCAAUCAUAUCCCUUUUAUUUAGAGAACAAAAUAAUGUUUGUUAUCAACAUUCCACAAGAACAUGAUUGCUGCAGAUGAGUGAUGUAUAAUAUGAUAUCACGUUACAUCAUAGAGAUCACUACAUGCAUGGCAUACUUCUGUAGAUUAGUACGCCCAUGCAAUCGAUCCUUACUCCAUACCGAAUCAAGAAAAAGAAAAAAAAAGCGUUUUCUAGCUGUCAACAAAGAAUCAGUACUCAGACAAUAUGUAGCUACCUAAUUUUUUUGGCAUAAAGGCAUUUUUCAAAACAUCCUAAGUGCAUUUUUAAUUCCUUAUCUUAUCAUGUUGGUGAUCUGUGGCAUGCCCUUGUUUUAUAUGGAACUUUCAGCUGGACAGUAUUUCAGUCUGGGACCCAUUGGAACAUGGGGAGCUAUCUGCCCCCUCUUUAAAGGUGUUGGUAUGGCAAGUAUUGUAGUGUCUUUUCUGGUAUGUGUGUAUUAUAAUGUGAUUAUUGCAUGGUGCCUCUACUUCCUUGGCCUCUCAUUCCGAAGUGAAGUGCUCUGGAAGCACUGUAACAAUUGGUGGAACACAAAGAAUUGCUAUGCUGGACGACUCUCCGAUGUUGAAAAGAACUGCUCUUCUACAGCAAAUGUGACAAAUGCAAUUAACAUUACAGCAUUGAAUGCCACCCAGAAUCUUGCCGAGAACUGCACUAGUUUAAUCCCUAAGAACUCUGUUUCUCCUGCUAAUGAGUUUUGGAACCGCUACAUCCUGGAAAUAACAGAUGGCAUAGGCAACCCUGGAGAACUCAAAUGGGAGCUUUUCCUUUGUCUUUUGUUGGCAUGGAUUGGAAUUUAUUUCUGUAUGUGGAAAGGCGUCAAAUCAUCUGGAAAGGUUGUGUAUUUCACAGCGACCUUUCCAUAUGUUGUCUUGUUCAUCUUGUUUAUACGUGGUGUUACACUCCCUGGAGCAAACAAAGGAAUUGAAUAUUAUUUAAAACCAGAGUGGACAAGAUUAAGGGAUCCAAAGGUAUGGGUGGCAGCAGCAACGCAGAUCUUCUACUCUUUAGGAAUCGGGUUUGGAUCAUUGGUAGCAAUGGGAAGCUACAAUAAAUUCCAUAAUAACAUUUUCAGGGAUGCUGUAACAAUAUCUUUGAUCAACUGUGGAACUAGUGUCUUUGCUGGAUUUGUCAUUUUUUCAACAUUGGGAUUCAUGUCACAUGCUCUCAACAAGCCAAUUGAAGAUGUUGCUGACUCAGGUCCUGGUCUAGUUUUUGUUGUAUACCCACAAGCUAUUGCCAAAAUGCCAAUAUCUCCUUUGUGGGCUGUUCUAUUUUUCUUUAUGAUCCUUACACUAGGACUUGAUAGCCAGUUUGGCAUGAUGGAAGCAGUCAUUACUGGUUUAUGUGACGAAUACAAGUCUUUGAACAAACACAAAAAGCUAUUCAUUGCUCUAACUUGUUUUCUCUGUUUUUUACCUGGUAUAACUCAUGUAACUCAGGGUGGAGCAUAUGUGCUGAAUCUGUUUGACUAUCAGUCAGGAGGGGUAUCUCUCCUCUUCCUUGGUUUCUUUGAGGCCUUUUCCCUUGCCUGGAUAUAUGGUGUUCCUCGGUUCUCAAAAGACAUUGAAGCCAUGAUAGGAUCUAAACCUGGACGCUGGUGGUGGUUUACAUGGAAGAUAUGUGCACCCUCAGUAAUGGUUGGGAUAUUCUUCUAUAGCAUUUCACAGUGGAGUGGCAUAACCUAUGGAAAAUAUAAGUACCCAGGCUGGGCAGAGUUCUUUGGAUGGAUCAUUGCCUUGUCCUCUAUGCUUUGUAUUCCUGGAUUUGCCAUCUACCAAAUAUGGAAAACCCCUGGAACAUUAUACGAGAGAUUGGCUUUCCUGUUGCAGCCUAAUAUGGACAUAUUGAGAGAUAUAGAGAGGAGAGAAGGUCUACAAAAGAGGAUUCCACUUGUUAACGUUUGAUUAAUGCAUUUAUGUACUAGGGGUUAAAAUAAUGGCCAAUGAGUCGCUGGUCAUGAUCAAAGGCCAGAUUAGUGUUAGCUCAGUCAUACAUCCUUUCUUACUCAACGUUACUGGUCAAAAUGACCAGCAAGGUGAAGAUUCAACCGGACAAGUUCCAAUUCUGGGUGGACUGACAUUGUCUGAUGUCCAGCGGAUAUUUCAAGUUCUGGUAUAGACUUUGUAUGUCCUUCAUUUUUUAAAUUUGGUUACAAGCUACAGUAUCCUUUAUAGAGCGGAUGCAAUUAGAGUGAAGUCAUUAAACCCGUGAAAUAGAUAUUAGACUGACACACAUUAGUAGACCCUAUUUCCAUUGUUUUCUUUUGUGUCUAUUUGAGUAUUACACGUUGACUAAUAAUU